UGCAGGCGAGCUAGAGUUACAUGAGUGGGGCACCCAAACUGGAAAGGGGUGAAGUUUCCCUUUUGAAAGCUUAGAGCUGUCAGCUGCUUGCUGUCACACCACGUCAGGCGAAAGAAGAGAAUUACAGCCAUUUAAACCCAUGAUUAGUACAUUAAACGAUUAGUGGUACAAACGGUGGAAUAAAGGCAGUAUAUUUCUGUGGGAACCUUAAACUAAAGUCUCUGUAAGUCAGUCGGAGACUCCAGUAUCACGGACCAUAGUCUCCAGCGCUGAAAGAAAGAUGGACAGCUAGCUAGUUAUAGAUUUCUAGCCGGAUGUUAUACACAGUGAAUUCAAAUACUCCUUCAGCUUUGUAAAUAUUUCAUCGACUGCCGACGUUUGAAUGUUAUUUAAUAUGGAGUCGAAGCGACGGAAAGGUUUGAACGGAGUCCUGUCCUCCUUGUCGUUGCUUUGCGUCGUGUUGGACCUACAGCUGGACGGUGUUUUGGGUGCCACACAUGUGGAGAUUGAGCAUCACCUGGAGAUGGGACGCAAGCUGCUGGCAGCUGGGCAGCUGGCAGAGGCUCUUUCCCACUACCACUCUGCUGUGGAGGGUGACUCCAAAAACUACUUGACAUACUACAAGCGUGCAGCAGUGUUCCUGGCCAUGGGGAAGUCCAAAUCAGCCCUGCCGGACCUGACCAGGGCCAUCCAGCUCAAGCCGGACUUCCUAGCCGCCCGCCUCCAGAGGGGUAACAUCCUUCUGAAGCAGGGCAACACACAGGAGGCCAGAGAGGACUUCCAGGCCGUGCUGGAGGGAUCCCCAGAGCAAGGGGAGGCCCACGAUCAGCUCCUCAGAACGGAGGAGCUGGAGGAGCUGCAGGAGGAGGCUCAGAGCGCUCACAUGCAAGCGGAUUACCACGCGACCGUGACCGUGCUGGACCGGGUCAUAGAGCUGUCCCCAUGGGACCCUGACUCCCGCGAGCUGCGGGCAGAGUGCUACAUCCGGCUAGGGGACCUGCGGAAGGCCAUCCAGGACCUGACGCCCGCCGCCCGCCUGCGAAACGACAACCGCGCGGCCUUUCUGAGGCUCAGCACCCUGCACUACGAGCUGGGGGAGCACCAGGAAGCCCUCAGCCAGGUGCGUGAGUGUCUGAAACUGGAUCAGGAUGAUAAGGAGUGUUUCUCCCACUACAAGCAGGUGAAGAAACUCAGCAAGCAGCUGGACUCUGCCGAGGAGCUCAUCUCUGAGGACAGGUACCAGGAGGCGAUUGAGAAGUAUGAGUCUGUAAUGAAGACAGAGCCCGACGUUCCCUUCUACACCUACAAAGCCAAGGAGAGGAUCUGCUUCUGUCUGGUCAAGAACAAGAGGGCGCACGAGGCAGUGGACGCGUGCUCCGAGGCGCACCAGAGAGACCCCCGAAAUGUCAACGUCCUCCGAGACCGGGCAGAGGCCUACAUCCUCAGUCAGGACUACGAGAAAGCGGUGGAGGACUACCAGGAGGCACGGGAGUUUGAUGAGGAGAACCAGGAGAUCCGAGAGGGGCUCGAGCGGGCGCAGAAGCUCCUCAAACUGUCCCGCAAGAGGGACUACUACAAGAUCCUGGGUGUAGACAGGAGUGCCAACAAACAGGAAAUCAUCAAGGCGUACAGGAAGCUGGCCCAGCAAUGGCACCCAGAUAACUUCCAGUCCGAGGCAGAGAAGAAGGAGGCGGAGAAGAGGUUUAUUGACAUCGCCUCUGCGAAAGAGGUGCUUACUGACCCAGAAAUGAGACAGAAAUUCGACGCAGGGGAGGACCCCCUGGACCCCGAGACCCAGCAAGGGGGCGGCGGCGGGGGCCACAACUGGCCCUUCGAUUUCAACCCCUUUGGAUCCGGCGGAAGCUUCCACUUCAAGUUCCAUUACAACUAGAGCCGAGGGAUGGGGGAGGAGAGGGGAGGGGUGGGAGUUUUUGUGGGACUCCACAGACCUGGCCUGCCUCACCCUCUGACUUUUUAAUGCCUGCGCACAGAGGCAGGCUCCUGGAUUGGCGACACUGUCCAUGGUUACCCAAGAUCCCCCCUGCUACACACAGAGUGGGAGAGACAGGGGUGACUCGACACGUGAUAACCGAGUGUCCUUUGGGAUGUAUACUUCUAUUUAUUUUUUUUCCAACCUCAUGCCAUCUGCCCGCUCCGUUGAGACGACCUCUUUUGUCGUCUGCUCCGGUCUUUCUUGCGCUCUUUUUCAAAGUCUACACUCCAUAAUUCUGAAGACAGGCUGGGAAAAAUCUACGAACAUUCAUUACUGCUUGUCUCUAUUUCAGAGCCCAGCAGGCUUAGACAGAAGUAGUUGAUUGCUGAAAUGCUCUAGCUCAUUACGGUGCAGUCAUUUGACCCCAGGCCAUAUAGACUUGGAGCUGCCCAUUCAGACAAUCUACACAAAGCGGAGGUCAGUUCAUUGAGAAUUGCUGCGUAAUGAACCAUAAGGUCAGCCUUUCUUAAGCUUCUCAUAUUGCGAAGUAGAGAGAGACAUCGACAGUCACGGUCAGGAAGAGGCCAUCUUUUCUUGUCUUGAUUGUGAAGGCAUGUCUUUGAAACGUUGCACUUGUUUUCUCCUUUGUUUUUAUGUCCUUUCAUUUUAAAUGCAACCACUCCAAACUCCUGAGCCCUCACUGCGCCCCAUGGCAUUCUCUGUAUUAAGUGUUCAAACUGUCAGAACAUUAUUAGGGAAAGGAUACAGUUUGCCACCAAAAUUAAAUCUAAAGUAGAAUCUAUUUUUACAAAACCUUUUGUUGGAGACCGACAAAAAAAA